GGGCAAAAGGCCGUUGAGAUUGGCAGAGUGAAAUACUGCUGCCGAGGGAACGUAGCAGGGCACACGUCUCGCUUCUUUGCGCCUGGGUGCCCCGUUUCUCCCAUCACGUACUUACUUCCUGACUGCAACCUCUCUCCCUCUGGGACUUUUGCACCGGGAGCUCCAGAUUCGCUACCCUGCAGCGCUGCGGAGCCUUCAGGCAGUGGCACCCCGGGCACUGCAGAGACCCGACCCUCCUUGCUACCUUCUAGCCAGAACUACUGCAGGCUGAUUCCCUCCGCCCCCUUCCCCCACACUCUCUUGCUUUUCCCAUGCAAAGCAGACCUCCGUUGCCUCAGCGUCCUACCCUUCUGCAGGGCUGCAGCCGGCCACCCCAAGACCUUGCUGCAGGGUGCCUAGGAUCCUUAUCGUGAGCCGCGGGGUCCACUCCCCGUCCUCGGUCAGUUCCCAGGGGGCGACAGCGGCAAUUGUAAUCUCCAGUUUGUGUCAAGGUCCAGUUUGAAUGACCGCUGUCAGCUGGUGAAGACAUGACGACCCUGGACUCCAACAACAACACAGGUGGCGUCAUCACCUACAUCGGCUCCAGCGGCUCCUCCCCAAACCGCACCAGCCCCGAGUCCCUCUACAGUGACAGCUCGAAUGGCAGCUUCCAGUCCCUGACCCAAGGCUGUCCCACCUACUUCCCACCAUCACCCACUGGCUCCCUCACCCAGGACCCAGCUCGCUCCUUUGGGAGCACUCCACCCAGCUUGGGUGACGAUGGUUCCCCUUCUUCUUCAUCUUCCUCGUUGUCGUCAUCCUCCUCCUUCUAUAACGGGAGCCCCCCCAGGGGUCUACAAGUGGCCCUGGAAGACAGCAACCGAGUGUCCCCCAGCAAGAGCACCAGCAACAUCACCAAGCUGAAUGGCAUGGUGCUACUGUGUAAGGUGUGUGGGGACGUGGCCUCGGGCUUCCACUAUGGCGUGCAUGCCUGUGAGGGCUGCAAGGGCUUUUUCCGUCGGAGCAUCCAGCAGAACAUCCAGUACAAAAGGUGUCUGAAAAAUGAGAACUGCUCCAUCGUCCGCAUCAAUCGUAACCGCUGCCAGCAGUGUCGCUUCAAGAAGUGUCUCUCCGUGGGCAUGUCUCGAGAUGCUGUGCGUUUCGGGCGCAUCCCCAAACGAGAGAAGCAGCGGAUGCUGGCUGAGAUGCAGAGUGCCAUGAACCUGGCCAACAACCAGCUAAGCAGCCAGUGCCCGCUGGAGACCCCGCCCACCCAGCACCCCACCCCAAGCCCCAUGGGCCCCUCACCACCCCCAGCCCCUGCCCCCUCACCCUUGGUGGGCUUCUCCCAGUUCCCACAACAGCUGACGCCUCCCCGAUCCCCAAGUCCUGAGCCCACAGUGGAGGAUGUAAUAUCCCAGGUAGCCCGGGCCCACCGAGAGAUCUUCACCUAUGCCCAUGACAAGCUGGGCACCUCACCUGGCAACUUAAAUGCCAACCAUGCCUCGGGCAACCCUCCAGCCACCACCCCACAUCACUGGGAAAGUCAGGGCUGCCCGCCUGCCCCCAAUGACAACAUCAUGGCCGCCCAGCGUCAUAAUGAGGCCCGGAACAGCUUACGCCAGGCUCCCUCCUCUUACCCUCCCACCUGGCCCCCUGGCCCUGCCCAUCACAGCUGCCACCAGCCAAACAGCAAUGGGCACCAUCUGUGCCCCACCCACGUGUACCCAGCCCCAGAAGGCGAAGCACCUGCCAAUGGUCUGCGGCAGGGCAACUCCAAGAACGUUCUGCUGGCAUGUCCCAUGAACAUGUACCCGCACGGACGCAGUGGGCGAACUGUGCAGGAGAUCUGGGAGGAUUUCUCCAUGAGCUUCACGCCCGCUGUGAGGGAGGUGGUCGAGUUUGCCAAGCACAUCCCUGGCUUCCGUGACCUUUCUCAGCACGAUCAGGUCACCCUGCUUAAGGCUGGUACCUUUGAGGUGCUGAUGGUACGCUUUGCGUCGCUGUUCAACGUGAAGGACCAGACAGUGAUGUUUCUGAGCCGCACCACCUACAGCCUGCAGGAGCUCGGCGCCAUGGGCAUGGGAGACCUGCUCAAUGCCAUGUUCGAUUUCAGUGAGAAGCUCAACUCCCUGGCGCUUACCGAGGAGGAGCUGGGCCUCUUUACCGCGGUGGUGCUCGUCUCUGCAGACCGCUCGGGCAUGGAGAAUUCCGCUUCGGUGGAGCAGCUCCAGGAGACGCUGCUGCGGGCUCUUCGGGCUCUGGUGCUGAAGAACCGGCCCUCGGAGACUUCCCGCUUCACCAAGCUGCUGCUCAAGCUGCCGGACCUGCGGACCCUGAACAACAUGCAUUCCGAGAAGCUGCUGUCCUUCCGGGUGGACGCCCAGUGACCCGCCCGGCCGGCCUUCUGCCGCUGCCCCCUUGUACAGAAUCGAACUCUGCACUUCUCUCUCCUUUACGAGACGAAAAGGAAAAGCAAACCAGAAUCUUAUUUAUAUUGUUAUAAAAUAUUCCAAGAUGA